AUGGCACAAAAAUGGCCAAUCAAGAAACCCUGGUCACAAAGAUAUGAAUCUCUUAAAGGGGUUGAUCCCAAGUUUCUGAGGAAUAUGCUCUUUGCCAAGAAGCACAACAAGAAAGGCCUGAAGAAGAUGCAGGCCAACAAUGCAAAGGCAGUGAGUGCAUGUGCAGAGGCCAUCAAGGCACUUGUGAAGCCUCAGGCCAUCAAGCCCAAGAUUCCAAAGGGCCCCAGCUGCAAACUCAGCCGCCUGGCUUUCAUCACUCACUUCAAGCUUGGGAAGCAGAUUCGAGGCUACAUGACCAAGGGGCGUAGGCUCUGCCAGCCAAAGCCCAAGGUUCGAACUAAGGCAGAGGCCAAAGCUCCAGCUAAGGUCUAG